AUGGGAGCGGUUUGUUCGGCUGGCAUGGUGGAGAGAAAUGCUGAACUCGGAGGGAAGAGUUUGGGGUUUUCUGGGAAGCUUAAGAAGGAAAAUAGCUUUGUGAAUCGUGGAGAAGCUUUUUCAGAUUCUAGGUCUGGUAGCGGUCAAGGUAGAAAGCAAAAGAGGCACGACUCUGGGUUUUCUUAUGAACUUGGUUUAUCGACUCCAACUUCAACUGGAGGAAAACAGGUGAACCAGAGAGGUUCUUUCCUGGGAAAAGCUGGCGAGAGGGCAGUGGAAGUUCUGGACACACUUGGAAGUGGCAUGCCAAAGUUAAAAAAUAGUAGUGGUUUUGUCUCUGGCACGACUUCCAGAGGGAAUAAGAUAUCAAUAUUGGCAUUUGAAGUAGCUAAUACAAUAACCAAAGGAGCAAUUUUGUUUCAAUCACUUUCUGAAGAAAAUAUCCAGUUUCUUAAAAAGGAUGUUUUACAAUCGGAGGGGGUUCAACUAUUAGUCUCAAAUGAUAUGAAGGAGUUAGUAACACUUGCUGAGGCUGACAAAAGGGGAGAAUUCAAUGUAUUCUCACGGGAAGUAGCAAGAUUUGGAAAUAUGUGUAAAGAUCCACAGUGGCACAACCUAGAUAGAUAUUUCUCAAGAUUAGACUUGGAUGUCCUGGAUGACAAACAAUGUCAAGCAGAGGCGGAAAAGACAAUGCAGGAGUUUACCAGUCUAGUUCGGAAUACUGCUGAAUUAUACCAUGAAUUGAAUGCUUAUGAACGUUUUGAACAAGAUUAUCUGCAAAAGAUUAAGGAAAUGGAGUCCUUAAAUCUUCCUCUAAAAGGGGAGAGUAUCUCAAUGUUUCAAAGUGAGCUAAAGCACCAAAGAAAGCUUGUGAGGAGCUUGAAAAAGAAGUCUCUUUGGUCCAGAACUUUGGAAGAGAUGGUUGAAAAGCUCGUGGAUAUUGUUACCUAUAUACAUCAAGCAAUUUACGAGUUCCUCGGAAACCAUGGUACAGCUGCAGCCAAUUACUGUGAGGGUCAUGAAAGACUAGGAGAAGCUGGUCUUGCGCUGCACUAUGCUAACAUCAUCAAUCAAAUAAAUAUGAUUGCAUCUCGCCCAACUGCACUUCCUCCAAACAUAAGAGACACAUUGUAUCAUAGUUUGCCCAACAAUAUUAAGACUGCUCUUCCAUCUCAGUUGCAAACCAUUGCUGACAUGAAAGAGCUCUCCAUUACUCAGAUCAAAGCCGAAAUGGAGAAGAUUCUUCAAUGGCUUGUACCAGUUGCCGCAAAUACAGUCAAAGCACAUCAAGGUUUCGGAUGGGUUGGUGAAUGGGCAAAUACAAGUACUGACUUCGGUGAUAACACCUCCAGAGAAAGUAACCUGAUUCGCCUGCAGACACUUUAUUAUGCCGACAAGAGGAAGAUAGACGUUUACAUAAUUGAGUUGUUGGCAUGGCUUCACCAUUUAAUUAGCUUUGUAAAAUCUAGACAAAAUACCUUGAAAUCAAUGCCUACGCGGUCUCCACCCAAGGUACUCGAACUUCAGUCUAAGAUGCGACAGUUUUUAAUUCUAUCCGUGGACAGUGGCAACAAGCCAUUGGGAACUCAAAUUUCUCAAGAGGAUAGAAGAUUGUUGGAGGAGGUUAUUGCCAGAAGAAAUAACCCGGGACUCAGCAAGAGCGAGGAUCUUGGUUUGGCUAAGAGCAGACAAGUCAAGGAUUUACAUGCGACCAAAAGUGCUGGGAGUUCACCUGCCAAGGAAUUCUUCGGUACUAGACUUGUCAUAAACCACCGAAACUAUAAUGUUUUGGAUAUUAUGGAUGGGUUAAGUCACUGA